CUCCACUGAGCUGAAAGUUCUCAAUGCUGCUCGGAGCCGCUGCGCCUCACUCACUCACACACACACACACACACACACACACACACACACACACACACACACACACACACACACACACACACACUUGCCCCAAUGAUCGGAGUACGCCAGCAGUGUGUUGAGUGUGUUGAGUGUGUUGAGUGUGUUGAGUGUGUGUGUCCGCGUUCACAGUAACACCGAUAUGGAUUAUUUUUACCUCCUACUCUGCGCCGUCACACUCGGUCUGGUGGAGAACUCCAGAGCAAGUGUGUCAGAGAAGCUGAGUGAGUUUGGCCUCAUCGUCCCCUUCAGCUCGGACUCUCGUGGGCGCUUUGUCUCUCACGUCCUGUCGUCCGGCUCGGCGUCCUCGUCACCCUCGGCCCGGAGGCGAGUGGCUCGCGGCGCACCUGCGGCGUCCUCCGGGUUCUUGUUCUUUAACGUCACUGUGUUUGGAAUGGAGCUCCAUUUGAGACUGAGGGCCAAUAGCAGACUGGUGGCCCCUGAGGCCUGUACAGAAUGGCAGGAGGACUAUCAGGAGAAGGAGAAGGAACGGAUCAUCAACGACUGUCUGUUCACUGGAGAUGUCAGUGACAUGCCAGAAGCUUCCGUGGCCAUCAGUAACUGUGACGGACUCGCCGGACUGAUCCGAACAGAUAAAGGUGAGUUCUUCAUCGAGCCGCUGCAGAAAGGUCAACAGGAGUCAGAGGUCCAAGGUCGGGUUCAUGUGGUGUAUCCCAGAUCAGCAGUUAAACGACAAAAUCAGAAAGAUCUGCAUAAUGAAGUUCAGGAUUUCGGGAUCGCGGAGCUUCCAAACGCUCUGGAUCUGGUGACUCAGAAGCUUUCUGACUCGGAUCGUAAACGCAGACAUGCUAAAAAACAUGACUACAGCAUUGAGGUUCUCCUGGCUGUAGAUGACUCUGUGGUUCGUUUCCACGGCAAAGAGCACGUGCAGAACUACGUCCUCACACUCAUGAACAUAGUAGAUGAAAUAUACCAUGAUGAAUCCCUAGGUACUAGCAUCAACAUUGUUAUCGUCCGUAUGAUUAUGGUGGGUUAUCGUCAGUCUGUGAGUCUAAUAGAAAGAGGGAAUCCCUCCCGCAGCCUUGAGCAGGUGUGCCGCUGGGCCAACACACAGCAGAGACUGGACCCAGACCACGCUGAGCAUCACGACCACGCCAUCUUCCUCUCCAGGCAAGACUUUGGUCCUGCAGGUAUGCAAGGUUACGCCCCGGUGACAGGGAUGUGCCACCCGCUGAGGAGCUGCACCCUGAAUCAUGAAGACGGAUUUUCUUCAGCGUUUGUUGUGGCUCAUGAGACCGGCCAUGUCUUGGGUAUGGAACAUGACGGUCAGGGGAACCGGUGUGGAGAUGAGACCAGUAUGGGCAGCAUCAUGGCUCCUCUGGUUCAGGCGGCGUUUCACAGGUACCACUGGUCCCGCUGCAGCAAACAGGAACUCAACCGCUACUUACAUUCUUACGAUUGUCUUCUGGAUGAUCCUUUUGAACACAAGUGGCCCAAACUCCCAGAGCUGCCGGGGAUUAAUUACUCCAUGGAUGAACAAUGUCGCUUUGACUUCGGUGUAGGAUACACAAUGUGUACAGCUUUCAGGACGUAUGAUCCAUGUAAACAGUUGUGGUGUAGUCAUCCUGAUAAUCAGUAUUUCUGUAAGACGAAGAAAGGCCCCCCAGUGGACGGGACAGAGUGCUCACCUGGCAAGUGGUGUUUUAAAGGUCACUGUAUCUGGAGAUCAGAUGAUCAGGUGUAUGGUCAUGAUGGAGGAUGGAGUUCAUGGGGAAGAUUUGGUUCAUGCUCCAGAUCGUGUGGUGGAGGAGUUCGGUCUCGCAGCCGGCAGUGUAACAACCCACCUCCAGCGUAUGGAGGACGUGAGUGUCCAGGCUCUGAGUUUGACUAUCAGAUCUGUAACCCUGAGGACUGUCCUGGUCCCUUUGAGGACUUCAGAGCUCAGCAGUGUGUUCAGCGCAGUAACAAAUACCACAACAACGUCAAACACACCUGGCUGCCCCAUGAACACCUGCAAGAGGACCGUAAGUGUGAGCUGAGUUGUCGCUCUAAAGAGACGGGGGAGGUGGUGUUUAUGAAUCAGGUGAUGCAUGAUGGGACACGAUGCAGUUACGCUGAUCCAUUCAGUGUGUGUGCCAGAGGAGAGUGUCUGCAUGUGGGGUGUGAUAAGGAAGUCGGCUCGUAUAAACAGGAGGAUAAGUGUGGUGUGUGUGAAGGAGACAACUCUCACUGUCGCACUGUCAAACUGACGCUCACCAAAACACCCAAAAUCAAAGGUUUGUUGAAGUUCUUUGACAUCCCAGCAGGAGCGAGACACAUAGUGAUUGAGGAGAACACCUCGUCUCCACACCUCAUGUCGGUUAAGAGUCAGGUGACCGGGAACUUCAUCCUCAACGCCAAGGGAGACGAGGUGAAAUCGAAGACAUUUAUCGAGAGCGGUCUGGAGUGGGAGUACAACACUGAGGGGGAGAAGGAGACGCUGAAAACCGCUGGGCCUCUGUAUGAAGGCAUCGUGGUGCUGGUGGUUCCUAAAGAAGAAGACAGGAAGAUCAGUUUGAGUUAUAAAUACAUCAUCCAUGAGGAUCUUGUUCCCAUCAUCACCAACAACAACGUGCUGCUAUCUGAACUGGACAGUUACGACUGGGCACUAAAGAGCUGGACACAGUGCAACAAACCCUGCGGAGGAGGUGUACAGUACGCUAAGUAUGGCUGUAGAAGGAAGAGUGAUGGGCAUUUGGUACAGAGAACACUGUGUGACGUCACCAAGAGACCCAAACCUAUCCGCAAGCGCUGCAAUGUCAAUGAGUGCAGCACACCCACGUGGCUAACAGAGGACUGGAGUGUGUGCAGUAAGUCAUGUGGUACAUUGGGUAUUCAGUACCGUGUGGUUCAGUGUGUUCAGCCUCAACACAACAGCACACACAGAGUCCUUCACAGCAAGUUCUGCACCGCCGAUAAACCCCCCACACACAGAGUGUGUAACAGCACCACCCCCUGCCCUGCCCAGUGGAGGACCGGAGCCUGGUCACAGUGUUCUGUGACAUGUGGUGAGGGAAUCAAGCAGCGUCAGGUCCUGUGCAGAUUCUCAGAACACAUCUCAGCUCAGUGUGAAGAAGAAAAACCGGAGAGUGUGUCCAUCUGCAGACUCUCACCAUGUCCAGGAGAUCCGUCAGUCUCGGCCCCUCCUGCAGACUCAUGGGAUAACGACACUUCUGAUGGAGAAGUCAAUAAGAUCUCAAAUGAACCGUGUCUUCAUGACAAAUCCAUAUUCUGUCAGAUGGAAGUCUCGGCUCGUUACUGUUCUAUUCCUGGAUAUAAUAAGCUGUGUUGUGAUUCCUGUAAUAAGAAACUGGGGACCACCACCACCACCACCACCACCACAGCUGCACCUCGUUUCUACACGUCGUCCUCGGUGGAGCUCGGUUCCUCUAAUCUCCUCCCCUCUAGCACAGAACCAUCUCCACUAACUGUUACAGCUAAUGCUAAAGAUACCAAACCGACCUCUACUGUGCAAAGUCUGAUUACAGCUACGUCUGUCCCAAACCCCGAGCACGCGUCUACUCAGACGUCUCACCUUUCUGGUUCAUCUCUACCUCCAGAGCCGAGUGCUAGUGUUAGCAUGAGCGCUAGCAUCGGCAUCAGUGCCACACAUCGUCCUUCUCAGGACUCGGAGCAGAAGACGGUGACAGCAGAAUCUCUCAACAGCACUUUAGUCCCGACAGGAACGGAGAGCGAGCUAGACUCUCCUAACGGGAACGUAACGGUGGUCACAUGAUCAGGAAGUGACACGCUGCCGUGUAGUGAUGGUGCUGACUGCAUGGUGCUGAUGAAACAGACUCAGAUGUUUUUGUGUUUGUAUGUAAACUCUGUGCCAGUUAUGGAUUACCUCAGAUCUCGUGUGUAAACCACAUUUCCCAUAAUCCUCUACCACAUUAAAAGGUGCUGUCAUUUUAAAACUA